CCUGACCCCUCACCCCCUCUUGCUUUCCCCAGAUUGUCUACCUUCUGAAUGCAGCCUCUCUCGGGGUUACUUCGGCUGCGAGGCUUUCCUCCCCGGCUCUGACAUAUUAAAAACGCCCUCACAGGCACGAUAGACCUCUCUCACAUUUUCCCCGGAUGAUCCACAACAACGCAUUCUAUACAUCUUAGACAGCUGCCAAAGAGACAAUGGAAGAAUCAACACCACAGCCGACUCCAGAUCCAGGCAGUCCUAAAGUUCCUGAUAAAACUCUUCAACUUCAAGUCCUUCUCAUUCUUUGUCUAGGCAUCUACAUCAUCACAGCGAUAUGUCUUCUCCUUAAAUCUUACUGCAUCGCAUACGGUACUCUCGACUUCACCUCCACACCUGCCGCGACCCCGGACCAACCAUCCCCGUGGGACUCUUCCCAGCGCUUGAAAUCCCUCAAUCGUGUUGCGCCUCUUAAACGCUACGAGACAUGGUAUAGUUCGUCGCUUCGCAAUGAGCGGAGCCCGUUGCUAGGUGAUGAGGGGGAGAGCAGUAUCUGUGCAAUAUGCCUCGACCCCGUCCAUAGCGAAGACAUCAUCCACGCAUUGGCCUGUAAACACGUCUUUCAUGGAAGGUGCCUCGAGAGCUGGUUCUUGGAGUAUCAUGAUGCGUGUCCGGUUUGCUGGAGGGUGUUUCUCGUUUGAGCUUCGCUGAGGGAUGGCCACAAUGCCUAUGGGUACUAGGUACUCAUGUGGAUAUUUACUGGUGAUGCAUGCAUACGCUACUUUCUGUAUACCCAUUUUCUCAUGCUUGCGUUAUGUCACAUAUCGUUUUGUAUUUUAAGGACUGUAUCAUUUAGGCGCUUGUUACGGCCUGCUGAUUUCAAUGUGAUGG